AAAGAAUCUACCAAAUAGCUGGCGGCAAUAUUAAGGCAAGGUCCUCAACCUCCCGAGUGAUACUUGGGGCUGAAUUAGCACACCUAGCAACUUUUUUACGCAAAUCAUUUACUUUAUGUAUAUGUUGUCUGUUGUAGAGAGCCAGUGCAUGGAUAUAGCAGGUCAAGAUCCUCAGCGUGGAAUUGUGGAUCCCAUUCUCCGGGACAUCAAAUUAGCGCAAAUCGCUGGCAUGAGAACAGUCCCACUCCUGCUUUUGAUCAAAUCAGCUUCAUUCUUUUCAGUAUGUCUGCCAACUGUCUACCUGGCAUUCCCAAACAGGAAUAUUGUCAGUGGUUGUGGAAAGAUCCCAGGUCUAGGAUGACUUUGCUAUAACCCUGUUUUGGAUGAACCGUUAAUAAUCAAGACUUUCGAAUAAUUACUUAGGAAGGACAUUUAUAUAGAGACAACCAACUUCUUCGCACUGACUCCGUG